AUGCUUGUGCUAGAUCCUGGGUAUGUGGGCAACAAAGCGGCCGUGUUCCCCCUGCAGCUGCUGGGCUUCGAUGUGGACCCCAUCAACUCCGUGCAGCUCUCCAACCACACUGGGUACCCGACCUGGAAGGGGCAGAUACUGGACGGGGAGCAGCUGUGGGCGCUGAUAGAGGGGCUGGAGGCCAAUGGGUUGCUCUUCUACACGCACCUGCUCACUGGCUACAUCGGAUCGCUCUCCUUCCUGGAAACUGUCCUGAGGGUUGUGGAGAAGCUUAGAUCAGUCAACCCCAACCUAAUAUAUGUGUGCGAUCCAGUGAUGGGGGACGAUGGCCGUCUCUACAUUCGCCCUGAGCUCGUCCCGAUCUACCGCCACCAGGUGGUGCCAGUGGCCACGCUCAUCACGCCCAACCAAUUCGAAGCAGAGCAGCUCACAGGCCUCAGCAUCCGGACUCAAGCAGACGCCAUUACUGCAUGCGACAUGCUGCAUAGUGCAGGGCCCAGGAAGGUGGUGAUCACGAGCAUGGAGGUGGAUGGGCGGUUGCUGGUGGUGGGCAGUGACGCCAGCAGCCCUGCUGGAGAGCAGGAGGGAACCGGGCCAUCUGGGUCACAAUCCUUGCGGCGCUUCUGCAUAGCAGUGCCUAAGAUACCCGAGUACUUCACUGGAACCGGAGAUUUGAUGACAGCUUUGCUGCUUGGAUGGUCACAUAAGUAUCCGCACGACUUGGCAAGAGCAGCAGAGCUAGCAGUGGCAUCCCUACAG